CUGACGUUACCAGAGCAAAGUAAGCAUCAGUGCGUUACGUAGACAAACGACAAAACAAAAGGAGCCUGCCGCAGUUACACCAAACAUCUUGUCGCAGUGGCAACCAUGGAUUUGGAGCCGAAAGACCCACAGCCUGACGCUCUGAUGUGAAAGACAAAGCUGGCACAGUCCCGCCACUGCGUCGUGCCCUCUCCUCCGCGGUGAUACCAUUUUCUCUGUGGUGCCUGUGUGGAGCGUGCCACACACCCACUUCAGAACGACGACGGCUUUUGCUUGCAUCUUCCAGUGCUUCUUCUGUCAGCAAUUCCAGCAGAGCUGCAACUCUUCCAGUGCCAGCCCUGACACCAGUGAAGAGGCCAGCCCCACAGAGAUGGUGAGAAUGACCAAGUCCAAGACCUUUCAAGCCUAUCUGCCCAGCUGCCAUCGCACAUACAGCUGCGUCCACUGCCGCGCUCACCUGGCCAACCAUGAUGAGCUUAUCUCUAAGUCUUUUCAAGGCAGCCAAGGAAGAGCAUAUCUGUUUAACUCAGUGGUGAACGUGGGCUGUGGACCAGCAGAGGAGCGGGUCCUCCUCACAGGUCUACAUGCGGUUGCUGAUAUAUACUGUGAAAACUGUAAAACCACGCUGGGCUGGAAAUAUGAGCACGCCUUUGAGAGUAGUCAAAAAUACAAAGAAGGAAAGUUCAUCAUUGAGCUGGCUCACAUGAUCAAAGACAACGGCUGGGAAUGAUGUUUCAGCAACACCUUGGACUGAAGAAUGCUCAAAUAUGAGUUCACUUGAGCCCUGAUCUUCUUAAGACCCAAUCUCUCCACCUCAAUGUACAUGCAGACUGUCACCUCCAUGAAGAGUAGGACCAGGGGAGUACAUCUGGUUGCAUCUGGUUGUAUGUUUGUGCAUAUGCAGCUCUGCCACACAUAGGCCCACAAUUCACUUCUUUGUUGUCAGUUUGCUCAUCUUAAGGUGAUUUUCCUAAUGGCACCCCCAAUUUUUCACUCAACAAGAUGAUGGCUUUGGAUCUAGGUGUAUUUUACUGGCUACGAUUUCUUUUAUUUUUAUUUUUAUUUUUUACAAGAAGUCGUAUGAUUUUGAUUGGAUCUUGUUUAUUAAACUGUAGCAUGCUAGUAAAAUCAAAAUGAGCAAAAUUUCCCAGUCACUUAUAUGUAGCAUCUUCUAUGUCAUUGUAUGUAUUUAUAUUUUCUCUCCAUUACGGACCUCUCCAGCCUUCCAGUUAUAGUUAGUCCGGUUUCCCCAAACAAUGUGAGACCUUGAAUCUUACUUAAGUUUGCCCUCCAACGAUAAUGCAAAAUAAAUGGAUUGUUUGUGUCUGAAGUAACACAGAUGACACAUACAUAUGACAUGGAUAUUUGUAACCAUGUAUUAUGCUCUGUGCAUUAUGCCUCUUAAGUCAUGUUCAUAUAAAAUGCGUCAAACACGCCUAGUUGGAUACUCGAAAAUUCACUGACAUUUAUGGGUCAAGGGCGUCUUUGAAUUGCAAAUGACUGCAAGUAAUAGUUGUGAUAUAAGAGAAUUGUGCAAUGUCCUCUUUGUUUAUAAAUGGAAAAUACAAAAUAACAGAACCACUGCAAAUCAAAAGUGGAUUUAAAAGUGCAAGUUAUUGCUAUUAUUAGCCCAUAUUUUACUGAUAGAAAACUAAAUUUUAUCCAGUGAAGAUCCGUGCUUCCUGGAACAUCACAGAGAACCGAGUGUAUAUAGUGAUAGCACAGCUAUCCAUGCUGACACGGUCCAAGCAGUGGGGAGAUAACUCACCUGGAGCAGUUACACAUAUGCAUAUUAUAUUCUUUGUGUGCAACCUGUGGCCCAGAGUAGUCUAUAGCCCGGAAAAGAUAGAUCAGUAUCGGGGAAAAUAGGGCUGCGCCCCUAGAGCAGCUGGAGCUCUCUCCUCCAGAUACACAGCACUCAACCAAAGUUAUAAAAGCACAGACAGUCUGCCCCAAACACAGGAUAAUCUUGCUGUUUUGUAGAUAAAAUAUUCUGUAUGUGGACAUCCUGGAGUAGUAACUAAAGUUCCAUUAGAUUGUGGAAGGCACUGAAUUAAAUGGCUCUUUUGUGGGUAUAAACAGAUGUUUUCUUCUCUUUUGGCUCUAAAUGAUAAGCCAAGCAUGUUUGUUCUUUUAUGUUUUUGCCUAAAAUAUUUUCUAGUUGGAAUGGGUUGCAUAAUAACAUUUAACAAGGGCCUACACUUGUUAUGAACAGGUUAAAGGAACAAAACGUGAAAAUUUAUUAUUAUUUUUAACUUUAUUUCAGUCCACAUUUCACCUUUGUAGCUUCUGGAGUUUUGACAUUUGAACCCCCCCCCCCCCCCCUUAAAAUGACGGAAUCUAUAGAAAUAUAUUGAACUUUUAGAUGGAGACUUUUUCUAUUAUUGCACAUUGAGAUGUCACAGCUCAGGGUUUCAUUGACAAAUAUGGACUUAGUGUAACAUGAUGAAAAAGGAUACUUUUUUUAUUUGACAUGUAGCAGGUCAGUGGACACAGAAUUAUCCUUUUAAAGUUCCAACACACUGAACACCUAUUCAUUGUUCACACCUGGUGUUUGCACUUGAACGCCCAUUCGCAUCAUUCGCAAAUGCUUAAAACGCUUCACACCGCCCACGUGACCCACAGCACAGCGAUUUUGUCUGGCGUCAACACCCCUCUACAUAGGGCUAGCAUGUAAAUCAUGUUCAGUCUGGACAUAUCUUUAGAGCUAUACCUGUGUAGAGUUAAUUCACUGCCAUAUUGUGGUGACUUUUGGUUUAUUCCAGUUCUGAGCCAAGGUCUUAGAAUACUAUUGACUUUGGUCUUAACAUUUGGUGAUCUAUACACCAGUAACCAUUGGGAUCUGUUCUGGUAUGACCAAGACCAAGUGAUGACCAUAUAGAUAAGUUAAUACCAGGACAGGAGCAUGAAUGGGUAAUGUUUACAAAAUACUUUCAGCUGCAAGCGGCAACAGAAUUCAUGGGUCAUGGGCAUUUGCGUAUUCUUUACACCAGUGGAGGGGGAGGUGAGGGGACUUUUCGGUGACUGUUGAGCCUGAUCAAAGGCAAGAUGGAUGGAUGUUUUUUUCAUCUACAGAUGAAAAUACACAGUCACUUGAAACGGACACGCUUGUUUGCCUUGGUUCCUUAUUCAGUAUAAUCGAGAUGCUGCUCAAAGCUUAUUUGAGUUUAUUUCUGCUUUUAAUCCUUAAUCUUGAAAAAGUUUGCAUAUUUAUAUUGAUUUAUUUAUGGUUUGGUUUUCUCCAGUCCAUUCUUGUUUGUAAAAGAGCUAAAUCCAGUUUCUGAAUGAUUAUCUUGAAUGCCUCCAAACUGUUAGAAUCCUGUGCUUGUUUUGUUCUGUUUUCACUAAAAGAUUCAGCUGGUUCGCCCCCUUUUUCAUCACAAUAACAAAAAACAAACCUGUAAAUAAAAAUUAAAAAAAGAUUAAAUAUGGAAUAAUGAUGCAAAUGCCAGCUCUUCACCCCAGUCUCUAUCCAAGUCUCAGAUUUGAGGGUGGUUUUGGAAGAGUAAAAUACAUUUUGUUAUAGAAUUGUAUAAGCUGAGCAGGGAAAGUCAGUCAGAUGUCGAACAUAAGAAUGAUACAUACUUGAAGACUGGGAACCUUUUUUAAUGUAAUUGUAUUUAACAUGGUUUACACAUUUCUACAGGCUUGUCAAACUCAAUGCACUUUUUCCAGUCUUCUGGUGGGCAUGUGCUUAUAAUGUCUCAGUCCUGUAGUCAUCAGGGCCUGACUUUAUUUGUUUAAACCUAGUUUUCAGUAGAGGUCACUCACCACCAAUGCGUUGAUAAUUGUAUCCUGUAUUUCUGUGCUGGUCACUAGAAAUGAGCACUUCUGUGUAUGAAACUUUUACUGAUAUUGCUUUCUUAAUUGUGUCUUGUCAUUUUAUGCUUCAAGAGCUGCAUCCUUAGAAAGCUGCACCUGUAUAGUUCAUGUUCCAAAUUUCAAAUUACUUGUCUUAAAAUGUGAAACUAUAGAGAAUGUAGCACAUUUGGACAGGUUUAAAUGUUCAGAUCCCCAUGAUGCUAAAGCCUUCUAAGACUGCAGCUCUGUUGGUUUGGGCAGCCUAGACUUCAGGGUUAUACUACGAAGCAACAUUUCAGCUGGUUAAACUGGUUAAGCACUGUUAGUUAAGCCUAACUCAGGGUUUCCUGUGUUACAAAGACAGCUGUUUUGAGGGUGAUUACUGCCUUCAAAUUCAGACCGCGAGAACCCAAAUAAACUCAAAUAAAGCCUAGCUAUGUCUAACUUGCUUUGCAGUAUAGUCCAGAAAGUGGCUGGUGAUUGAAACAUUGUCUUGUCACUGGAUUGCAUUAGUGGACCUUCAUGGCAGCAUCUGCCUGGUGACACAAGUGUGUCCCACUCUUCUUCUCCUCUUUUUUUUUUUUUUUUUUUUGGUUAAAUCAAUCUUUUAAAAAAAACAUCCAAACUGCAACACUAAUUGGCUAUUUGCACAUUUAGAUUUUUAAAAGCACCACUCUGAAAUGAAUGGUCCAGUGUAGCUCCACUACAACUCUGGAGGGAGCUACACUUAAGUUUCUAAUCACAACCAUCCAGUUGUCCCAAAUUAUAAUAAUUUGCAGCUUUAAAAAUGUUUUUGUUUUGUUUGUGCAUUUGGCACAGCAAGGUGACAGAUUUUCCAAAACCAAUUAUUUUUGCCUUCAUCAUCAACUGCAUCCAGACUCUGUUGAAUGUCCUCCUUGUUGCCUUGUUGUUAUGAACCAGGUGGGAUAUGGCUGUUUGCUGCUUCAUGCAGGUCCAUUUGACAAACCCAAAGUACUUGUACAGAAGCCCUUCUCACUCUCAACACCACCGAGGGCAAAAGGGGUGGGAUGGGAAGGGGAGGGGGGACUAAACAUAGUCCCUGUGUUCAUUGUUCUUUAUUAAAUUCAAAACCAACCAAUUUUCUGCAAUGUUCAACAAUAUUUCUUUAUAUUCAGUCUUAGUUGAAUGGACUUGUCUGUUUUCACUUCAGUGUAAACAAUAAAAUGCUGCCAAAAACGUGUUUUGGCAUUCACUCUG